ACAAAGGUUGGAUGGGUUUGGACGGCUGGACCAUGGCGACAGAGUCUGCAGUAAUAAAAAAGUUGAAAGAGGAUGUAGGCGUAGCAUUCGAGGAAGUGCGUAAAGCUCUAAGUGUUCGUGAAAAACUUCUCUUGCGACAAGUCGAUGUUAUUGCAAGUCAAUGUCAGAAGCAGAGUAAUUUAAAUGAGGAUAUUAAAUUCAUUCCAAAUGACGAAAUUGACUUGAUGGAGAGCAUACGGUCCUUUGGGAAAUUCAAUUUACCUCAUUUGAAUUUUACGAGCGACUUGUACGUAAGCGAAGAUUACAUAUGUCCAAGUGUGGACCAUGAAACUAUGUACAAGUGUUUGAACACAAAGGACGAGGUGGAUGUGUGCAGCCAGGUUGGGGACCAAACAGGACAAUCCGAAGAAAAUGACCCCAUUGACUUUUUUAACGAUAAGAUACUUAAGGAAAACAUCGAUAACAUGAAUGAGUCGAUAGUGAAUAUCACCUUGAAAGAAGCCAAAGAUUUGAUCGAGAAAACCAAUAAAAACUUUGCAGAUAAGAUAGAAGGGACUGAGAAACAUUACAUAUCUAGUGAAAACGAGGAAAUCGUUAACGAUUGCUUGAAUGGAAACACGAAGAUUGCUCAAGCGUCUCAAACAGAAGUGGUUUCUUCGGGGGACUACAAAAAACCAAAUAUAACGAUCAAUAAUUGCAAUGGUAUCAUCAAUCUGAAGAAUAUUUCUAAUUUGACCAUUAAUUGCUCCGGACAAACGUCCAUCCAGACGGCUCAGAAGGCAGACAUCACGACCAUGGCACCCGGGGAGAGCACCAGCAGCGAUAUAGUCAGCUCAACGGUCCAGUCCGACGACGAGGAACGAAACGUGGAAACCAAAGAGGACAACGACAGCAGCUCGGUCAAUUGUGAAUUCUACAACCGACUAAUCAAAGAAAUAAAGAAGAGCAUCAAGCAACAUCACCAGAACUCGCAAAAGAACUUGACCGACGCCCUUGGCAAUCACGUGUGCUCAUCAACCUCAACCGAGUCAAACGGCAACGACUCAUACAAUCGCAAACUCUUGUUGAAGAACUUCGAAAAUCUCAAAAUUGUUCUUGAAAACAACGAAAACGACACCCAUCCCGUGCAGAUUGAACAAUGGCUCACUGAAAUCAUAUCGGAGACUGAAAUCGAACCAAUGCAGAACACUGGCAUCCUAGAACACAGCAAAUUCGCCGGUAGCAAGCUCUGCUAAUUGAAACCACAUAUGCGGAAUUGAAGGCGUCCUCGUGGGCCCAAAGAUAUCCUCAUCACGACUAGAAUAUAAGCGCGAAUCCUCGGUAGCUUGUAGAUUGAUGAGAGUAGGAGAGCAACGAACAUUCUCUGAACCAAUAUUCCACUUAGGUCGAACACAAGCAACAUUCAAACAAUUUUAGCAGCUUUUUAUAUACACGGAUAUUUUAUGAUAGCUGAUAAGUACUUAAAACGUUUUUAGCAAACUAAGCAAAAUGUCUUCAAUUGUCGAUAUUAUACGUAUAUUUAUUUGUUUAUGUAUUGCAUUUACCGGAAUCUGCUAAGAUUUUUUUUAUUUCGAAUGUGAGUAGGAAAUAAAUUUAUUAUAUAUAUAUUCA